AUGUCAAGGGAGACUGGCAUCAAACUAGGUAGUUCGAUGGGCAAUGUGGAGGAUAUAGAAGUCGAUGAGGACGAUGUUGGAUGGGGUAGUUCGCUGCGUGUGAAAAUUGCAUUGAAUCUGCGAAAACCUUUGGCGAGGGGACGGAUGGUGAUGCUAGAAGGAGUAAAGACAUGGGUACCAAUCCAAUAUGAGAAGCUCCCAUGGUUUUGCAUAAAAUGUGGACGAAUCAUUCAUGAACAAGCUGGAUGUCCGAAAUCACUGGAUCUGAACAUGGGGACAAAGCAAUAUGGUAGUUGGUUACGAGCAGAGGUGGGGAAUCGCAAGUUUAGAGCUUUCCCUACAUCCGGUACAAAGCCACCUGCUAUGAAUUUCGAUACUACAGAGAAGAAACGAGUGGAGGAGGGUGGUGGCCAUGACGGGACUCCGGUGCCGGAUGUUGCUAAUCAGGCUACUAGGAUUACAGUGAGAAGUGCAGCUGCACCUUCCUCCUCCUCCUCCACCGCCCUUUUCCUCCACCAUUUCCCUCCUCAAAUCAAUGCAAUCACCAUUCUCACCACUGCGGCUGCUAUCUACAAUCCAAUACUAAUAAUAUUUUUCUUCUUUUGGUCCGAAUAA